UCGCAGGCAGCGGGAGGGGUGUGCCCCGCCUGGCAGUGCUGCAGCCAACAUGGGUAUUGUGGAAACACUUCGGACUACUGGCACUGCGGCUCCGGUUGCCAGAGCCAGUGCGACGGUGGCUCCGGCAGUGGUGACUCCGACGCGCAGUGCGGAUCGCAGGCAGCGGGAGCGGUGUGCCCCGACGGACAGUGCUGCAGCCAGUACGGCUACUGCGGAACUACGUCGGACUACUGCGGUUCCGGCUGCCAGAGCCAAUGCCCCAACCCAUUCGUCAGAUAUCGUGAUAACUAUUUUACCUGA